AUGUCGUCCAAGACCCCAGAGAUUUCCACCAGCCAACCCAACAGUGGCGCCAAAUCUGGAAGCCAGCACAUCUCCCAGGACAACCAGUCGAGCUCUCCUCAGAGCUCAGACAUUCUGGGCAAGAAGAGUGAGGGGGCCGGCACCAUGGACCCGGAGCUGAUGACCAGUAUCAACGGCGAGAAGCCCCAGGAGUCGGGCCCCAGUGUGACACCAGCCAGAAAAAGCCUGCCCUUCAAGAGAGGGAUAAGGGGGGGCGAUGUGCUGCUGAUGGUGGCCAAGCUGGACCCGGACUCAGCCAAGCCGGAGCAGAGGACCCAGCCCCGGGACGGCCCCGCUUGCAAGACCCCAGCCACAGACCCCGGAGGGGAAAAAGAGCGGGAGACCCCAGGGACUCCUUGUGGCCCCCAGGCCGGCGCCCAGGAUGCAGCUCUGAAGGCUGAGUUGACCCAGACUGGGGAUCUUGGGAACCCAGGAACUGUGCUACUGACCAAAGGCGAGAAGGAUCAAGGCACAAUGGGGAAAGGGGGCGGGGCCCCCCAGACCAAAGGGACGAAAGGGGCAACGGUGCUGAAGCCAGACGAGGGAACAGCCGACCUGCCGGCAGGAAGGGUACGACUGUGCAUUGACGCGGACAAAAGCAUCACUGAGGUGGACGAGGAUCACGUCCAUCGGGCCAAUCCGCCCGAGCUGGACCAGGCCGAGGACCUGGCCUCCCUGGUCAGUGUCAACGAGUCCAGUGUGCUGAACACGCUUCUGCACCGCCACCGGGCUCAGCUGCUGCACACCUGCGCUGGGCCUGACCUGAUCGUCCUUCAGCCCCAGGGACCCACGGCGCCCUCUGCAGCCAAGGUGCCCAGGAGCUGCCAGGAUGGCCUACCCACCCACGUUGUCUCCCUGGCCCAGCGGGCGUACUGGGCUCUGCUGAGCCAGCAGAGGGACCAGAGCAUCGUGGCCCUGGGCCGCAGCGGUGCUGGCAAGACCACCUGCUGCGAGCAGGUCCUGGAGCACCUGGUGGGGAUGGCAGGCAGUGUGGAUGGCAGGGUCUCAGUGGAGAAGAUUCGAGCCACCUUCACUGUCCUCCGGGCCUUUGGCUCUGUGUCCACCGGCCAUAGCCGCUGUGCCACCCGGUUCUCCAUGGUGAUGUCACUGGACUUCAACGCCACAGGCCGAGUCACGGCCGCCCAGCUCCAGACGAUGCUGUUGGAGAAGAGCCACGUGGCCCGGCAGCUGGAAGGGGAAGGUAAUUUCGAGGUUUUCUCCCAGAUGCUAGCCGGAUUGGACCUGGAUCUCAGGACAGAACUGUACCUGCACCAGCUGGCAGACAGCAGCUCCUUCGGCAUGGGCGUGUGGCCUAAGCCUGAAGACAAGCAGAGGGCGGCAGCUGCCUUCGCCCAGCUCCAGGGCGCCAUGGAGACGCUGGGCAUUUUGGAGAGCGAGCAGAGGGCCAUUUGGCGGGUGUUGGCAGCCAUCUACCACCUGGGUGCAGCGGGGGCCUGCAAAGUGGGCCGGAAGCAGUUCAUGCACUUCGAGUCGGCCAGCCAUGCGGCAGAGGCCCUGGGCUGUGAGUACGAGGAGCUGAACACGGCCACCUUCAAGCACCACCUGCGGCAGAUCAUCGAGCGCAUGACGUCUGGGCCGAGCCGCCGGGGUCAGGAGGAUGAGGGGGCCAGCUCAGCGCUCAAGAUGACAGGAGUGGAGUGUGUGGAGGGCAUGGCCUCGGGCCUGUACCAAGAGGUCUUUGCCGCCGUGGUCUCGCUCGUCAACAGAUCCUUCUCCUCCCACCACCUCUCCAUGGCCUCCAUCAUGGUGGUGGACUCUCCAGGCUUUCAGAACCCCCGGCACCAGGGCAAAGACCGGGCCGCCACCUUUGAGGAGCUGUGCCACAAUUACGCUCACGAGCGCUUGCAGCUGCUUUUCUACCAGCGGACCUUUGUCUCAACGCUGGAGCGAUUCCGGGAGGAAGAUGUCCCUGUGCAGUUUGAGCUCCCGGAGCCAUCCCUGGGGACCACGGUGGCUGCUGUGGACCAGAGUCCUUCGCAGGUCCGCUUGCCAGCCGGAGGAGGUGCUGAGGACGCCAGGGGCCUCUUCUGUCUCCUGGAUGAGGAGGUCCGGGUGGAGGGCUCCGGGGACAGCGUGGUGCUCGAGCGCCUCUGUGCCACCUUUGAGAAGAAAGGCGCUGAAGGGACCUCUGCCCUCCGGACCUGUGAGCAGCCCCUGCAGUGCGAGAUUGCCCACCAGCUGGGACACGACCCCGUGCGCUAUGACCUCACGGGCUGGCUCCACAGGGCCAAGCCUAAUCUUUCGGCCCUGGACGCCCCCCAAAUCCUGCAGCAGUCGAAGAGGGAGGAGCUGAGGGGCCUGUUCCAGUCCCGGGCCAAGCUGUCCCCUGUGUGCCGGGCCGUGGCCGGCCUGGAGGGCACCUCCCAGCAGGCCCAGCAGAGGAGCAGCACGGUGAGGAGGACGUUUGCCAGCAGCUUGGCCGCGGUGAAGAGGAAGGCCCCGUGCUCCCAGAUCAAGCUUCAGAUGGAUGCAUUGAUCAGCGUGAUCAGACGGUCUCAGUUACACUUCAUCCACUGCCUGGUGCCGAGCCCAGUGGUGGAGAGCAGAGGCGGGCAGGGGUCUCUGACUCCACCGCAGCCUGGUAGAGACAAGCCCGGGGCAGGCGGGUCCCUGCCCUUGGACAUCCCGGCACUGAGGGUGCAGCUUGCAGGGUCCUACAUCCUGGAGGCGCUGCGCCUGCACAGGGCAGGCUACGCUGACCACAUGGGGCUCACUCAGUUCCGCCGAAGAUUUCAGGUGCUGGACCCUCUGCUCAUGAAGAAGCUCAAGUCGGCCCCCGAGAGAGUGGAUGAGAAGAAGGCUGUGGCAGAGCUCCUGCAGACCCUGGAUCUGGAGAAGAAGACAGUGGCCGUGGGGCACAGCCAGGUCUUCCUCAAGGCGGGCGUGGUCUCCAGGCUGGAGAAGCAGCGGGAGAAGCUGGUGUCUCACAGCAUCAUCUUGUUGCAGGCGGCUUGCAAGGGCUUUCUGUCUCGUCAGGAGUUCAAGAAGCUGAAGAUUCACCGGCUGGCUGCCCAGUGCAUCCAGAAGAAUGUGGCUGUGUUCCUGGCGGUCAAGGACUGGCCGUGGUGGCAGCUCCUGGGUUCCCUUCGGCCCCUGCUGAGUGCCACCAUCGGGGAGGAGCAGCUCCGCGCCAAGGAGGCGGAGCUUACAGCGCUGAGACAGAAGCUAGAAAAGUCAGAGAGGUCUCGGAAUGAUCUGCGGCAGAACACAGACCUUCUGGAGAGCAAGAUUGCGGAGUUGACCGCAGAGCUGGCCGAGGAGCGCUUCAAAGGGGACGUGGCCUGCCACGUGCUGGAGAGUGAGCGGGCAGAGCGGCUGCGGGCCUCCCGGGAAGUUCAGGAGCUAAAGAGCAAGUAUGAGCAAGUCCAGAAGAAUUUGGGAGAAGUGGAGAAACAGUUGGAAGAAGCCCAGCAGAAAAUUCGCUUGAAUGAUUUGGAAAGGGGUCGCACUGGAGGAGCGGAUGAGUGGCAGAUGCGCUUUGACUGUGCUCAGAUGGAGAACGAGUUCCUCAGGAAGCGUCUCCAGCAGUCCGAGGAGAGGCUGGACUCGGAGCUGGCGUCUAGGAACGAGCUGGAGCAGAAGCUUGGGGAGCUGCAGAGUGCUUACGAGGGGGCCAGGAGGAUGGCCCAGCAGCUGAAGAGGAAGUGCUACCAUCUGACCUCCGACCUGCAGGACACCCACUUCCUGCUGGAGAACCAGCAGAGCCGAAACCACGAGCUAGAGAAGAAGCAGAAGAAGUUUGACACGCAGCUGGCCCAGGCCCUGGGAGAGUCCGUGUUUGAGAAGGGCCUCCGAGAGAAAGUCGCCCAGGAGAACACCAGCGUCCGGUGCGAGCUGGGCAAGCUUCAGCAGCAGCUGAAGGGAAAGGAGCAAGAAACCUUGCAGCUGAAGCAGGAGGUGGAGAUGCUGCAGGCCCAGAAGCAGGAGCUGCUGGGGUCACCCUCUCUGGUGGAGAAUUGCAUUGCGGGCUUGAAGGAGAGGCUCUGGAAGCUGGAAUCCAGCGCCCUCGAGCAAGAGAAAAUCCACACCCAGCAGGAAAACACCAUCAAGCAGCUGGAGCAGCUCCGCCAGCGGUUUGAGCUGGAGAUUGAGCGGAUGAAGCAGAUGCACCAGAAGGACCGAGAGGACACGGAGGAGGAGAUGGAGGACAUCCGCCAGUCCUGCCAGAAGCGGCUCCACCAACUGGAAAUGCAGCUGGAGCAAGAAUAUGAGGAGAAGCAGAUGGUCCUCCAUGAGAAGCAGGACUUAGAAGGCUUGAUCGGAACCCUCUGCGAUCAGAUCGGCCAUCGGGACUUUGAUGUGGAGAAGCGUCUUCGGAGGGACCUCAGAAGGACUCAUGCGCUAUUGUCAGACGUGCAGCUCCUGCUGGGGACCAUGGAGGACAGCAAGACAUCAGUCAGCAAGGAGGAGCUGGAGAAAGUGCAAAGCCAGCUGCAGCAGAGUGAAGCCAAGUGUGAGGAUGCCUUGAAGACCCAGAAGGCGCUGACGGCUGACCUGGAGAACAUGCACAGCGAGCUGGAGAGCAUGACCCGCAGCAAGAGCCUGGUGGACCAGCAGCUGUACCAGCUGCAGUUUGAGAGGGCGGACCUCCUAAAGCACAUCGAGGAGGACCAGGAUGACCUGAAUGACCUCAUGCAGAAGCACAAGGACCUCAUUGCUCAGUCUGCUGCCGACAUUGGGCAGAUCCAGGAACUGCAGCUGCAGCUAGAGGAAGCCAAGAAGGAGAAGCAGAAGCUUCAAGAACAACUGCAGGUGGCCCAGAUGCGCAUUGAGUACCUGGAGCAGUCCACCGUGGACCGAGCCAUCGUCAGCAGGCAGGAGGCGGUCAUCUGUGACCUGGAGAACAAGACGGGGUUCCAGAAAGUGCAGAUCAAGAGAUUUGAGGUCCUGGUGGUCCGGCUUCGGGACAGCCUGAUGAAGAUGGGUGAGGAGCUCUCACAGGCAGCCACGGCCGAGUCCCAGCAGAGGGAGAACAGCCAGUAUUACCAGCGGCGCCUGGAGGAGCUGAAGGCAGACAUGGAAGAGCUGGUGCAGCGGGAGGUCGAGGCCAGCCGGCGGUGCAUGGAGCUGGAGAAGUACGUGGAGGAGCUCGCCGCAGUGAGACAGACCCUCCAGACAGACCUGGAGACGUCCAUCCGGCGGAUCGCCGACCUGCAGGCAGCCUUGGAAGAGGUGGUAUCCAGCGACAGCGACACGGAGAGUGUCCAGACAGCAGUGGAUUGUAGCGGCAGUGGCAGAAAAGAGACAGAUAACGUCUCCAUCCUCAGCUCCCAGCCAGAGGGCAGUCUGCAGUCCUGGUUGAGUUGUACUCUGUCCCUGGCCACAGACACGGUGAGGACCCCCUCUCGACAGUCAGCCAUCAGCAGCUGUAUCCUCAGCCCUAGGAUCCAGGAGGCGGCCAGUGAUGGGGCCCGGGACACCCACAGCAGGACCUGGGGGAACAAGGCCGCGUCCCCGCUCUCCCUCCGCCGAGGAAAUUACGGCCACUUGGGGGACGGCGAAGAGUGUGGCGUCCAGAGAAAGCCCCCGGAGAGGUCGGGCGUGCUGUCCUCCUCCCCGUCUUCCUGGAGUGGAGACGUGUCCCCGCGGCCCAGGGACAAGCUGCCCAGCCCGUCGGCUGCCCUGUCAGAGUUCGUGGAAGGGCUCCGGAGGAAGAGAGCGCAGAGGGGCCGGGGGUCGCCGCUGGGCCUGGAGGACUGGCCCACCCUCCCCAUCUACCAGACCACCGGGGCGUCCACGCUGCGGAGGGCCAGGACCAGCAGCGACGAGGGCGCUCUGGCUCUGAGGGCCGGGGCCGAGUCACCCCUGGACACGUCGGCCGGGCUCCUGCGGUCCACCAGCCUGAAGUGCAUCUCCUCGAAGAGCGUGGGGGGCCCCAGCCCGCCACCCGAGAAGCUGAAGACCCGCUUCAGUUCCUGCGAGUCCCUCCUGGAAUCGGGGCCCGGCUCGAGGAGGACCCCGAGCUCCCCGACGGCGCUUAGGCGCUCGUUCUUGUCGCCCACGCUGUGCCCGCGGAGGCGCUGUCUGGAGUCCUCGCUGGAAGAUGCGGGCUGUCCGGACCUUGGGAAGGAGCCGCUCGUCUUCCAGAACCGCCAGUUUGCACACCUGAUGGGGGACCCCCUGGGCAGCGACCCAUUCAGCUGGAAGGUCCCGAGCAUCACCUAUGAACGCAAGACCCAAGUGGGUUUCGAUGACUUCCUCCCGGCCAUCCGGAAGCCGGAGACGCCUACGUCUUUGGCCCGAGCGGCCAAAGAUGGGCAAGACAGUUCACAGCGUCCAAGCGUCCACUUUGAGAUGGAAGAGGCCGACGGGGGCUUUGUCUCAGGGAUCACCACCGUUUUGAAAAAGAGCCUGGAGUCCAAGGAGGACCCCGCUCACCUCUCCGACUCCUCCUCCUCCUCCAGCUCCAUCGUGUCCUUCAAAAGCGCCGACAGCAUCAAGAGUCGGCCAAGAAUCCCACGGCUGGAGGGUGACAGUGGUGAGAGAACAUCCCCCGAGAUCAGAGAGCCGGGGACAGGGAGGAAAGAGGAGGAUGUUGAGAGCAUCAUGAAGAAAUACCUACAGAAGUAGGAACCAGCUCAGCCUCCUGCGACACAUUGCCCUCCUUGAAGACUUCCCGACUCCACGACGUUCUGGAGAGAGAGACAAAGACCAGCCAGGCCUCCCCAGGGGCCCCGAGUCCACAGCCAGUGUGGCCGCCCUCAAGAGGCCAGGGGGGCCAGCAGAGGCACAUCCCAUGGGGCGUGGGGCUCCCAGCAUGCUAGGUCUGUACCAAAUAAAGUGUUGGCUU